GUUUGUUUUCGACCGACUGUUCAUAGCACGUAAGUUAAGAGUAUAGCUGUGGUUUAGAUCAAAAUGUACAAUGUUCAGCCAGAAGAAGUUGAAAAAUCAGCUGACAGCGGCUCGCGUUCGCAAGCAUAGAAUUUUAAAAAAAAUUUUCGAAAAAAUUAAUGCUGUUCCAAACGGAAAUUUAGAGGACGAAACGGACAAUGAAUCUACGCUGUCUAAUACUGUUCCAGAUAACGAAGAAUUCACUUUGGCGGAAAUUAUUGGCGAAACAAGUUACAACAUUCCUUGUUAAGUUGAAAGUAACAAAGAUUCCUCUUCUGAGAUAGAUUCAGAGACAGAAGAUUCAUCAGACAAUUUAUCAGACAAUUUAUCAGAUUGUGAUACAUCGUCAUCAAGUGGUUACAGUUCAGAAAAUGAACUUUUAUUUUCUGACAAUGAAGUUGAUCAUUUAGAUCAUCAUGAAUAUGAACAAAAAGAAAUCAAAGAGAUACGUUCCUGGGCAAUAGAAAAUAACAUCUGCCAAAGCCAUCUUGACCAAUUAUUGCGAAUUUUAAGAAAACGGCUACUGCCUGAUUUGCCUGCUUCUGCAAAAACAUUGUUGGGUACAUCUUCUGCACAAUAUGAAUUAAGGGAAAUGCUUGGAAGCGAUGGUAAACCCGGAGAAUUUGUGUAUUUUGGCCUUGAGAAAGGAAUCAUAAAUUCUCUUAAUGAAGAAAUACAUAAUAGCGAUACUAUUUGGCUGCAAAUAAAUGCAGAUGGUUUGCCCCUUUUCAAAUCAAAUUCUUUACAUCUUUGGCCUAUUCUUUGUAAAAUACAUUAUGAACCAGACAUAUAUAAACCGUUACCAGUAGCUAUCUUUUCCGGAACUACGAAACCUAUGUGCAUAGAUGACUACUUAGAGGAGUUUGUUAUAGAUCUUGAUAAUAUUUUGGAGAAUGGGGUUAUUGUUGGAAAUAAACAUUUUAAAGUUCAAGUACAUUGCUUCGUCUGUGAUACUCCGGCUCGUUCUUUCUUGAAAGAUGUAAAAGGCCAUGGAGCUUAUUAUGCUUGUGAGCGUUGCACCGUACGUGGCAAAAAUGUUGUACUGCUAGGGGAAACUAAGGGACGCGUUGUUUAUCCUUCAAUAAAAAAAGAGAAAAGGACUGAUGAAUCCUUUAGGUCCCGAAAACAGGAAAAGCAUCAUAAAGGAACUACUCCAUUGAUAAACUUAGCUUUGAAUUUAGUCACCAUUUUUGUCCUGGAUUGGCAUUGGCAUUACUAAAAAACUAAUCGAAUAUUGGUUUCAAGGAAAUCAUGCUGUAAAAUUAAGCAAUGCUCAAAAGAGUCAAUUAUCGAAAUAUAUCGAAGAUAUGAGAAAGCAAAUUCCUGCAGAAUUUCAAAGAAAGCCGAGGUCAAUUUUUCACUUUAGUCGAUGGAAAGCCACUGAGUGUCGGUUUUUCUUAUUGUACAGUGGUCCGAUUCUUUUAAAACGCGUGCUAAAAAGUUCAUUAUAUAAACACUUUCUUUUAUUACAUACUGCAUGCCGAAUUUUAAGCUCAAAAGAAUUAUGCAUUCGUUAUAAUUCGUAUGCAAAAAAUUGUUUAAUAAGUUUUUUUAAAAUUUUAAAAUACUGUUAUGGACCAGCGUCACAAAUUAUGAAUGCACACAACCUUAUCCAUUUAGCCGACGAUGUGAUAAAUACAAAGUGCAACUUAAGUAAAAUAACUUCUUUUUCAUUUGAAAGCACAUUAGGAAAAAUAAAAAAAUAUAUUCGUAGCGGAAAUCGAACUUUGGCCCAACUUAGCCGCCGUUUACAUGAAAAAUAUUUUAUUUCAACAUCAAAAGCAGUUUUACCUCCUGAAAUACAAAUUUUGAAAUCUAAACAAAUGCGAAAUAACAUUUUGAAAAUUCAAAAGCUAAAAUACAAAGGUGUUACAAUAACUGCUAAAAGUCCUGAUAAUGCAAUAAUAUUUAAGGAUAAAACAAUGUGCUUAAUUCAGAAUAUGUAUUUAAAAAACAACGAACCGCUCAAAAAUAUUCAAUUACAAGGAGUUAUUUGGAAAACCAAAAAGCCCAUUUUCAAUUAUCCGUGUAAGUCUAGUUUUUUAAAUAUGUGGAAGAUGAAGAGACAAAUGUCUUCAGAGUAUGUAAAUCGUUUUAUUGCUGAAAUU